GUCACGGCACGAAAGGUAUUGCGUUUUACGCGUAUUUUGUUAAUGUGUUUUUCUAAUUACUUUUAUUUUUCCGUGUAAAUAUUGUUUUAAUAUUUCUAAGAUUAUUAAAAUACUUUUUUAACGUGUGUUAAUGAAUACAUACAGUGAUAUUUGUGAUAAUUACUGCAACGACAAAUGCUUGUUACACCCGACCUACGAAGAGAUUUUCACAGGAUAUUUUCGAUAACGACAAAGCAAUAACUAUAUUAUUUUGGCAGACAUGGUAGUUUGCUGGGUGAACUACACAUAGUACCGAUACAAACAUGGGACAACAAACGUCUAAGAAGAGUGGUGAAUGUAGCUGUGGCUGUGGCGCGUGGGAGCGUCGCCGAUACGUGGAGUCACCGAGUAGCGUGCAUCGUUACGUCAGCGCUGUCACUGACAGAUGGAGUGGUCGACAGUGUGCGUGCCGCCGUCGUCGCUGGCGUCGAGCGCCGUGUGUGUGCACGGCCUAUAGGAGGGUCAGCGAUGCUUGUAAUGAUGAUAGAUUGGCUGCAGUACUGACUCUGGGGGCGAGGGACCUGCGACGCGAAUUGGACGCCAUUAACAUAAAUAUAAUUAAUACAGAGAGCGAAGCGAGCAAUGAAAAUGGUGAACCAACUGCCGAAGUCUACGUGUUGUCGGUCACUCCGAGAAGUAACGAGGAGGUCCCGCAAGAAGGCCGGAACAAUGAGCUGACCCAAAGUGCGGAAACCAUACGACGCUUCCAAGUGGUCUGCGGUGGCGAGUUGCGUGCGCUGCUGCUUCGUGCGCCUGGUCUUCAGCAGACGCUACCCAAGCCCUACACCACCAAGGUUCACACGCAGGUGGAUUACAAGCAUUGCCUAGUUCCCGACUUACAAGAGAUAACGGCCUGCUCCUUCUACUGGGGCAAGAUGGACCGCUACGAGGCUGAGCGGCUCUUGGACAAUAAGCCUGAAGGCACGUUCCUGCUCCGCGACUCCGCCCAAGAGGAGCACCUGUUCUCCGUGUCUUUUCGCAAGUACGGGCGGUCUCUGCACGCCCGCAUCGAGCACUACCGCCACCGCUUCAGCUUCGACUGCCACGACCCGGCCGUCUUCGCCGCGCCCACCGUCACCGGUCUCAUCGAGCACUACAAGGACCCCGCGUGCGUGAUGUUCUUCGAGCCGAUGCUGACGGCUCCCCUCCCCCGGAGCAACACCUUCUCGCUGCAGCAGCUGGCCAGGGCCGUCAUCGUGUCGCACACCAAUUACGACGGCGUAGAGCAGCUGCCACUUCCAGGUCGUCUCCGAGCCUACCUCAAGGAGUACCACUACCGUCAAAGGGUGCGCGUGAGACGACUCGAGACGGACCUUUAUCUGACGCACUGACGUCAUAUAAAUUAACUAAACUUUUAAAGAUGCAGUUAAGUUUAUACCGAAAGCGAAAAUAGCUAAAAUAAUUGUCAUUUAUUAGAUUUAACCUAAGUUUCGACUAUGAUGAAUGAUAACUUGCGUUUAUAAAUGAAAUCGGAAUAUAUUUAAGUCUUCCUGGAAAGUAUUUUAGUAUAGACCAUAGACUAGCCGUGUCUACUUGUUACUGCGAUACUGAAAUUGUUAAAAGUGGCAACUUCCAAAAUCCUAUGUAACGUUAUUAAUGCAUUUCUCAAUUAGUUGACUAUUUUUCCCUAGAUGUUAUUUAAUUGUAAUAUUUUUAUACGAGUUUUCGGGAUUCAAUGAAAUUGUCUCAAAUGGCCUCUAGAUCCAAAGUGUCCUAACUGGGACGGCAGUACUGUUGGUAGUUUUACAUUUCCCCAAGAGAUGGCGCUGCAGGCGUAUUAACACGCGCUAUCGAAACAUCUUAGUCUACCAAUAAUUAAUCUUGUGGCUACAUGUACUAAUUGAUCCGGAUGAUCCAAUUGCCGUAGCUAAUAAUUAAUUAAUAGCUGAAAUUAAAUUAAAAUCGGCCUUCACCGGGGAAGGCGAGGACCUUUACUUCGCUCACUCCAGUGAGCUUCCGUCCUGCCCUUCAGGCGAUUGAGCACCCCGCGACGGCCCAAGCCGAAGUUCGAGUCUCACAGGAGACGCCCUUGCGCUGGCCGCGGGACUAAACGCCAUUCAGGCCGAGCUACGCUGUAAAGGCCCUUAAGGCCAAAAGCGAGAUUCUAUAAAAAAUUAUGAUGGCCUUAGUGGCUUCAGUGUGCGACCUACAUCUCUUAGAUAGUAGGCUUGAUUCCCGGCUUUGGACCGCCGCGUCGUUAAGCGGGGCACGAUCGUGAUAGUCCCCGCAAGCCUUUGGGCAUGACGGGGUUCCGCUUCCCGGCGCCAUCCGCGGUUGCAGCGCGGAAGAAGGCAGCACGAUGUGUAGUCCUGGACUUGACCACGUCGGCUGUUCAGGCUGAGCCGAGCUGUAAAAGGCAUUUAAGGCCAACAGCGAGAUGCCUUACAAAAGCUAGAGACCACGUCUCCCCGCGCUCUAAAGCCCCAUCAAGGGCUUUAAGGCUUCUCGGCUGUGCAUCAAUAGACUUGCUGUGAGCAUUAUAAUUUACUCCAACGGUUGAGGAAAUAAACGGUAGGCCUUCGACUUUGUGUCAGCCACGGGAUCACCUACUUAUCUAUUAAAGAUUGAAUGACCAUAAAAUUUGAGGCCCAGAACUAAAAAAAAUAUAUAUAAUAAUAGCCUUAUGCCGCAAUAACUUGGGAAAUGAGUAAAUAUUCGACAGUGUUGCCCUCUUGAGCGAUUUCAGAUUCAGUGUUUGACAGAUGACACGUCAAAUGGCCUCCACGUGUACAUUUUGACAAUUGAGCUUGCAAAUUAUGUAAUUCCUAGUGACUAUAGAUAAGUGUAAAUAUUAUGUUUAAGAAUUAAAACCUGAUUCUGCGGUGAUUCAUUGGCCAUUUUGGAAACAAUUUCAAUUUAGUUACUUUAAUUGAUAGAAAGUCAAGUUAAAUUUGACAUCAGAAGUUACACCGCUACUUAUUUCUCCAAGUUUGUUUAACAUGUAUUGGAUUUGUAAUGAUAUAUAUAUUUUUUAAUAUAGUUGCUCAUAAAGUAGCGUAUUGCAGGGACGUAUAGCGUUCGGGAUGUGGGCUUGCUUGAAAUAUUUGCAUGAAUCAUAAAAUUCAUAGAAGUAUUUAUGAUUCAUGCAAAUAUUUCUAAAAAGACACUACUAAAUUUGUUUAAAUUCAGAUUUAUUGAUUUGAUUCAAUGAGUUAGGUUAGGUUUCAUUUCAUCUCAUUAAAUUUUUUUUCAUUUCA